AAAAAACUAGCAUCAAUUUUUGCUUUCAGUCGUUUUUCUGCGUUGCAAAAGUUGGUUUUGUUCAAGUUUAGGUCGUGUCAACGUUAUUUCUCAUCAGACAAGAUCGAUAAAUGUUAAAUCAGUGUUGUCAUUCGCAUUUGUCCAAACAAAUAAGCCAGAAUGUCAUCGCAACGAUCACAGAAAAGAGCGGCAAAAGCUGGGCCGAGUUCCUCACAGAGGCCAGGAACGAGUUCACAAUUUAUUGUCGAAGAUGAGGAAGUUCUUCCCGCUUCCCAGAUAUCGCCGAAUAAAAAUCUAACGAAUCAGGAACAUGCCCACCAUGUCUCCAACGUUGUCAAGUACAUCUUGGGUGCUGAUCACAGUAAAAUUCCCAUUACAAAAUCUGCUAUUAGUAAAGCUGUGGACUGUCACAACAAGAAUUUCAAGUCCGUUAUCGAUCAGGCCAUAAAAAUCUUGAAAGAUACUUUUGGCUAUGAAGUUACCGACGUUGAUGGAAAACUGUUUAUUUACAACAGGUUGAAAAAUGACAUACCGCAUAUCGAAUACGAUGAAGAUGUUGCAAAUCGCCACGUACUCUUAUUUAUAAUCUUGUCACAUAUUUAUAUGAGUGGCGAUCGAUGCUCACAGGGUUCCUUAAUUCAUUUCUUGAUCAGACUUGGUAUCAUAACUGAUGAAUCGUCAAGAAGUGAGAUUUUUGGUAACAUCCUUGAGUUGAUGACAGGGGACUUUGUCAAGGAGAAAUACUUACAUCUUGAAAAGUCAGAAAAUUUAGAUACUGAUGAACCAGAGUACAGCUGGGGAAUGCGAGCUGAACUUGAACUACCACGGCGAACUGUCAUGGAGUUUGUAAGCAUGAUGUAUCGUGGAAGAAACAUUGACUCGUGGUCGCAACAGUUUGAAAAAAUGUUGCAGUCGGAAGGACGACUCAGAGAACGUGCCAACCCACGAGCAACCCAAAACGGCAGAGUGGAACAUAUGGAACAACAGUAGUAUGUCUUUUGUGUUUUAAGUAUUCCAAAAGUAUUAUUAUUUAUUUGUGAAUGUUGUAUCAAAAAAAAAAAAAAAAAAAAACGUAAUUCCAAAUUGUCAAUACAAACUAUAUUUUAUUCUUGAUAACUUUGUACACUAGACGAUAAGCGUUUUUAUGGAUUUGAAUAA